CCCUCGUGUGUUAAUUACGUCCCGCGCUCCAUCCUCUGCCGGCGAUUUCGUGCCGGGGUGUAUCGUGCGCCCAGGUUGUCCAGAACGCGAUGCCGAGGGACACCGCAGGGCCUGAACCUUUGUUUCCCGGGAGUGGAGGGGUAGGGUAGGAGCCCCUUACGGUGGUUCUUUUAGGAGAAGCGCUAGGUGACGCCUUGAGAACUCCUGUCCUUCCCUGGAGGGCAGGUGGGCGCCUGCUGCGGGACAGGUGGAGCCAGCUCGAUGCCUGCCGAGAUUCCAGGAGGGCUUCGUGUAUGGACCUCAAGCGUUGGAGGUAGCAGACUUUUCAGCAGAAGAAAAGAUGAAAAGGAAUAUGCAUUGAAGCAAAUUGAAGGCACAGGAAUAUCCAUGUCGGCUUGUAGAGAGAUUGCACUUUUGCGAGAAUUGAAGCACCCUAAUGUGAUCGCAUUGCAGAAGGUGUUCCUUUCUCACAGUGACAGGAAGGUAUGGCUGCUGUUUGAUUAUGCAGAACAUGAUUUGUGGCAUAUUAUUAAGUUUCACCGUGCAUCAAAGGCAAAUAAAAAGCCCAUGCAGUUGCCAAGAUCUAUGGUUAAAUCAUUGCUUUAUCAGAUUCUUGAUGGUAUCCAUUACCUCCAUGCAAAUUGGGUGCUUCACAGAGAUCUGAAACCAGCAAAUAUCCUAGUAAUGGGAGAAGGUCCUGAGAGGGGGAGAGUCAAAAUAGCUGACAUGGGUUUUGCCAGAUUAUUCAAUUCUCCUCUAAAGCCACUAGCAGAUUUGGAUCCAGUAGUUGUCACAUUUUGGUAUCGGGCUCCAGAACUUUUGCUUGGUGCAAGGCAUUAUACAAAGGCCAUUGAUAUAUGGGCAAUAGGCUGCAUAUUUGCUGAAUUGUUGACUUCAGAACCUAUUUUUCACUGUCGUCAAGAAGAUAUAAAAACAAGCAAUCCCUUUCAUCAUGAUCAACUUGAUCGAAUAUUUAGUGUCAUGGGGUUUCCUGCAGAUAAAGACUGGGAAGAUAUUAGAAAGAUGCCAGAAUAUCCCACUCUUCAAAAAGACUUUAGAAGAACAACGUAUGCCAACAGUAGCCUCAUAAAGUACAUGGAGAAACACAAGGUGAAGCCUGACAGCAAAGUGUUCCUCUUGCUUCAGAAACUCCUCACUAUGGAUCCAACCAAGAGAAUUACCUCAGAACAGGCUCUGCAGGAUCCCUAUUUUCAGGAGGACCCCUUGCCAACCUUAGAUGUGUUUGCUGGCUGCCAGAUUCCAUACCCCAAACGAGAGUUCCUUAAUGAAGAUGAGCCUGAAGAGAAAGGUGACAAGAAUCAGCAACAGCAGCAGAACCAGCAUCAGCAGCCCACAGCCCCACCACAGCAGGGAGCAGCCCCUCCUCAGGCACCCCCGCCACAGCAGAACAGCACCCAGACCAAUGGGACUGCGGGAGGAGCGGGCGCCGGGGGCACUGGAGCCGGGCUGCAGCACAGUCAGGACUCCAGCCUUAAUCAGGUGCCUCCAAACAAGAAACCGCGGCUAGGACCUUCAGGCGCAAACUCAGGGGGGCCUGUCAUGCCGUCAGAUUAUCAGCACUCCAGUUCUCGCCUGAAUUACCAAAGCAGCGUUCAGGGAUCCUCUCAGUCCCAGAGCACACUCGGCUACUCCUCCUCAUCCCAGCAGAGCACGCAGUACCACCCAUCUCACCAGGCCCACCGGUACUGACCAGCUGCAGCCCAGAGUACAGACUCCAGCAAUAUGUCUGCAUUGAGAAGAACCAAAAAUGCAAAGUGAUGCCGCUUCAAACUCAUCUGAUCAGGAGGAAAACUAUAUACUGAGCAAUUUGCAGGACCAACUGAUGAUGUCUCUUCUUUAUUGACUUAAAGAAGAUUUUUGUGAAGUUUCCCCAACACCCUUCCCUGCAUGUGUUCCAUUGUGACUUCUCUGAUAAAGCAUCUGAUCUAAUCCCAGCACUUCUGUAACCUUCAGCAUUUUUUGAAGGAUAUCCUGGUGCACCUUUCUCAUGCUGUAGCAAUCACUAUGAUUUAUCUUUUCAAAGCUCUUUUAAUAGGAUUUUAAUGUUUUAGAAACAGGACUCCAGCAGUGUAUAGUUUUAUACUUUGUGAACUAAUUUAGCAACACAGGUAAAAAUGCACCUUUUAAAAGCACUACGUUGUUUUCACAGAAUAUAACUGUUUUGCUCAUGGAAGUCUUAAACAGAAACUGUUACUGUCCCAAAGUACUUUACUAUUAUGUUUUUAUUUAUCUAGUUUCAGGGAAGGUCUAAUAAUAAGACAAGUGGUGGGACAGAGAGAACUACAACCAAAAACAGCCUAGAUCUUUGCAGUUACUAUGCUUUAUGCUCUGAGAACUGAAGGAUGUGGUAAUUUUUAUAUAAUCAUUUAUAUGGAACUUAGUUCCCAGAAUCAUCUUAUCCUGAAUAGUAUUCAGUAAUUAAGAUUUAUAAUUUUAACCUUCAUGUAGCUAAGUCUACCUUAAAAAGGGUUUCUGGAGCUUUGAUGAAAUACAGUCCUCUGGUGACCCACACCAGAAAACUGACGAGAAUGUUAACUGCACUAGGAUUUCUUUAAGGAAUAAUGUUGAUCAAAGGAUGUAUUACUUCCCUUUGAAGGAAAAGCUUUUAGUGUGUAUUGUAUAUAAAGUUGGCUUCUCUGAAGAACCGUUGGUUUCUUCACAUCUGGGUCAGCUUGAGUAACUUUUACAUAAUCAAGGGUACUCGAAUAGAAGCCUGCAAAUUAAUCUGCUUUUAAAAUAAAGAGCAGUGUUCUCCAUUCAUAUUGCAUUAGACAUAGAGUGACUAUUUUUAAAGCAUGUUUAAAAUUUAGGUUUCAUUCAUGUUUAAAGUAUGUAUUAUGUAUGCAUAAUUUUGCUGUUGUUACUGAAACUUAAUUCUAUCAAGAAUCUUUUCAUUGCACUGAAUGCUUUCUUUUGCCCCUAGGAGAAAACUUAAUAAUUGUGCCUAAAAGCUAUGGCAGAUAGUAUAAGACUAUAUACUCGAUAAAGUGCAUAUUUGCAUUUCCAUGAUCUAUGAAGUAGAGGCUGUGUUCUUAGCCAGUUUAAGGAACCUCCUCAAUCCCCGGAAUCAAAAGGAAGUGUAAACACUUAGCGCUCCCAUUGUAAUGUAAGGGGCAAGAAAUUUGUGUUCUUCUGAAUGCUACUAGCAGCACCAGCCUUGUUUUAAAUGUUUCCUGAGCUAGAAGAAAUAGCUGAUGUUGUAUAUGCAAGUUAUAUGCUUUUUU